UCAAAAAUAAUGAGGCAUUUCUAUUCCGACAUGGCGUUUAGUAGAGAGGUAUGCGGGUUUGGACGCAGUCUGAACGCUUUCCAGAUGUACAAAGUUGUCUCACUGAGGUGGGCUUUCCCCCUCUGAAGGUGGGCUAAAUAUAACGCUUUUAGAGGCUUCACAUCCAGAGCCGUGCUAAACUUUUUCUUCAUAAACACACACGCACACACAGAGAAGGAGAAGGAGAGGUGCUUUAGCAGACAUACACAUUGUCCCGUCCUGGGAGUCGGUUUGUUUUUGCCAUGAUGUACAGCGUUGGAAUAUUUUGGAUCAUUUUAAUCACAUGCCAGAUGCUCGGAUCUCAGAGCCAGGAGUGUGUGAGCAGGCAAGAGGUCCAGAGAGCUCUACGGCAUGUCCACAAGCUGCUCUCAGCACAAGAGACCACCUUCUUACACAGUGUACGCAGUCUGCGCAAGAAACUCAACCUGCUAUACAACAACACACUCAAAAACAGCAGCAACUGCAGCUCAGAAACACCAAUAUGUCCGCCUCCAAACCCACCAGCCAAUGGCAGGAUGCUGGGCCAAGUGUUCAAAGUGGGCCAUGAGGUUCACUUCCUCUGCAACCAUGGUUUCCAGCUGUCAGGGCCAGAGACUAGGGAGUGUCUGGAUUCCCUCAGCUGGAGUGGAGAGGAGCCAGCCUGCAAGAUUGUAGAUGCUGGAACGCACAAUAAUCUUACUGCCUCCAUACCCAUAUCUACUUCAUCUCCUUCUCCACCAUCAGUUUUGGCCUAUGUGCACCCCUCCCACUGUAUUGAGUCUCAGGGCUCUAUGCAGUGCACAUGUGAUCAAGGCUACAGUGUCUCCAGCCAGGACAGAAGCUUGUGCACAGACAUUGAUGAAUGCGAGCUCUUUCGUAUGACCCAGCCUGGCCGUCUGUGUUUGCACAUGUGUAUGAACACAGCUGGAAGCUACUACUGCCAAUGUCCCACUGGCUACAGUGUCAAAGACGAAAGGAGUUGCCAAGAUAUUAAUGAGUGUGAGAGAGGAACUCACAACUGUACCAAAGACCAGGAGUGUGUGAACACUAAUGGAGGCCACAAAUGCAUACUAGUCGAAUGCCCUCACUUCCACGAUGCUUCUUACGUCAAGACCUCACCACUGCAAUGUGAGCGAAAUCCCUGUGUCAAGAGAAACAAAGCUUGUCUCCAGGCUCCCGUCUCCAUCUCCUUCCACUUCAUGUCAGUGUUGUCAAACAUGAGCACUCCCCGCAUUCUGUUACGGGUUUCAGCGACCCGCAUGCUGGGAGACACCAUGCGCUUUGGACUGGUGGAAAAUCCGGGCGCAGGGCUUUUUACCCUUCAGCGCUCGGGCAGACUGAGUGCGGAGCUGGUACAGGCGGAGUCGGUGCAAGGCCCUGCAACGCUGGAGGUUGAGGUGGAAAUGAGUGAGUUGGAGAAAAAAACACUGCUGGGACGUUAUGUUACAAAGGUUACAAUCUUCGUGUCCCCAUACAGCUUCUAAAACACGGCGUGAGGAGGAAACAGACUAAAUAUUUAACUAAUCUUGCUAUCCAAGACAAUUGUUACAGGUACCUGAUAAACAACACAACAGUUCAAAAAGCUUUAUUACAAAGCUAUUAAGUAUCACACUUAAUUUUGUUCUUUACAGCCUUUUAUGCAUUUGACAAUCUAGUUAUUUCAUAAUCUAGUAUUUUAUCCAACUUGUAAACAUAUCUUUAAAGUUUUUAAAAAUCAGUUUUAAAACAUGAAUGAUAUUUCUGCUUAAAACAUUCACAAUGAAGCACAAUAACAUCUUUGAACAAAUGUAUUAAUGUCUUUAACAACAUGACUGGAACAGUCCCUGGUACCGAAACAAAAAUCCUUCUCGUGAUUCUGGUCAACCAGAAAUCAUAAUCAUAAGCACCCUCCUUCACAAGGAGAAGGACUGUCUCAGACGAGCGACUAAAAAGCAUUCCCAAAAAGAAUUCUUCACCAUACUGACAGAAUGCCAAAGCAGGACCUCACAGACCUCUUUUCAGUGCUCAUCAUCCAACUGUGUGGAACUAUAAAAAGUAUUCAAACACAGAAGUUGCCUUUCACACGCUCGCUCAGCCUCACACACAGUAUCUGUAAUAAAGACAAUCCUAGUAUUUUAUGUCCAGGAAGAAUAAAGGCUUAAAAUAAGUAACAAA